AAAAAAAAAAAAAUUCCCUAAUCCUAAUAAAAUUACUCUCACAAUAUGGAAAUUUGGGAAACUACAAAACCAUAUUCUACUCAAUUUCGAAUUCUUAUUCUUCAACUAUAUAUUUAAAUUCUGAUCUUAUAUCUGAUUCUUCAAAACAAGUUCCUUCAAAAUUCCAAAACCCCUCCAAAAGCCUAACUCUCUCUCUGAUCAUCUCUUUCUCGAUCUCUGUUCUUAUGGCUACUCUGAAUGAUCGUUACUUCACCGUCUACCUCGCUAAGGUCGCCCUAUCUGCCAAUCGCUAUGCCGAUAUGGCUGAAGCAAUGAAGAAAUUGGCAAAAUUCGACGUGGAAUUCACAGAUGAAGAGCGUAAUCUUCUCUCUACAGCGUACAAAAAUGUCAUCGGACGUAAAAGAGAAUCUCGGAGAACCUUCUGUGAUCUGGAGAAGGAGGAAAAAGACCAGACGAACUUAAUGCGUAUUCGAGAUUAUCGCCUUAAAAUCGAAUCGGAGAUUACUAAUCACUGUAACGAUGCUAUUAAGAUGAUUGAUGAUCACCUUCUUCCUUUUGCUUCGACUACUGAAUCUACCAUCUUUUUCUUAAACAUGAAAGCCGACAAUUAUCGGUAUCUAGCAGAAAUCAAAUCUGGUGAUGAGAGAGACGAAGCUGCUGAUAAGUCCUUGAAAGCUUAUGAAGAAGGAAUGGCUCUAGCAAUGGCGGAUAAUUUGUCGGUUGCUCAUCCUGCACGAUUGGGGUUAGCAUUGAAUUUGUCUGUUUUUUACUAUGAUAUUAUGAAUUCUUGUAAAAGGGCGUGUACCUUUGCUAAGGAAACUUAUGAUGAAGCUACAUUGGAGUUGAUUAAGAAAAGGGAUUAUCCUAAAGAGUGUAGUAUCAUCAUGCAGUGUUUAAGGGAUAACGUUUCGUUCUGGGCUCUGGAAGAGGAGAAUCGUCGAAACCGACUUUGCUGAUCGAUUUUCAUCUGCUAAACUUCAUUCAAUUCAAUCUUAUUUUUAUUUUUAUUUUUAUUUUUAUUGUUAGAUUAAUUAGAUCGAUACUACUCUCGUUCAUCAUUGUCUGCAUAUACGUACUAUAUGUUGAGUAUGGUUAUCGACUUUUCUGAUAUAUAUAUGAUAUUAUGUUGGUAACUUGGUAUAA